AUGCCCCCCUACGUAGGACUGCCCGAGGUCGACGCGGCGUCUGUACUUGAAGGCCGCGCCACCGCGCUCGCGGAAGCCGAAGUGACAAACGACUACGGGACCCCGAAUCUGCUCUUCCUCUACUACAUCCCGCCCAUCACGGACGAGCAGAGGAACGACCUUGAAGCUGCCAAGACGGAGCUCCAAUCGUGGAACGCCUGGGAGCUCUCGGCCGCAGAGGACCAGGUCCAGAAGCAGCUGCGGAAGGGGACUCUCCCCGGCGACGACUCAGCCGAGUCACGAGCCAGAAGAACAAACUACCGCGCCCAGGUCGUGACGUAUCUGCGCGAAAACAGCGAGAAUGCAUGGUUGGGUCCUACUCAGUCCCCCCAAGACGACGCAUUCAACCAAGUGGUGAAGAAAUCAGAGGUCAACGGCGUGAUUCGCAGAGUCCUUCGAGACCACUACGCCGCGAAACGGAAACCCCGUCAAAUGUCCGUGGCUGUAAACAUCCUCAGCGACGUUGCUGCCUCGAAUCCCGGCUCGGCAAACAACAAGUUCUACUUGACGCAAGUAUUCUACAACUGGGACGCCACGGUGCGUGGGUUUCGACCAGACAUCCAAGUGUCGUCACUCUCCGUCACCCAAACACCAGACCGAGCAGAGGAGGACAGCGUCGCUCUCAAGGUGGAGGUUUUGGACUCGGUGUUUGUGCUGGACAGGGCUGGGUGGAACGAGGCCAGCGGCGGCACGCAGGCCGCCAUCCGGGCUGGCGAGAAGAUUCGCAGGGAAAUGGCUCUCGACUUUUACCUGGAAACAUGA